AAACGCUGUGAAGAUGAAACGGAACUUCAGCAGAAAACGGUACGAGGACCUCCAGAAUGUUUCCAUGGGAACCGUAGAUUACCCCACCGCCAGCUGUUCUGUGAUGUCAUCAGGUGGGCUGGCCAAUGGAUUGGAUCCUUGUUCCAUGGCUCCGCCCACCCCGAGGCUUCCUCCACGACUGGUGACAAAGGGUAGUUGGUCUGAAAGCCCAGAGGCGAGCAGGGACCAGUCCCAGCCCGAGGACCGGAGCUGGAACUCCAGCAGGGACGGAGGCCCCGAAGCCUGGACUCCAGGCAGAAACCGAUCCCCAGACCAGAUCUGGAGCUCUGUUGGAGACAGAGCGGGACACUCCAGUCAGGAGCAGACAUGGACGCCAGGCAGGGACAGAGCCCAUCCUGGACCGGAUCAGGCCUGGAUGAUGAGCCAGGAGCACGUUUCUGUUCAGGGCUGGGCAGCAGGUCCAGAUCAGGUCCAGGGUCAGGCCUGGAAUGGAGGAAGAGAUUCAGGAAAAGAUCGGACCACUUCAGGGCCAGAACAGGGGUGGGGAACCGGCCAAAGUCGAGAACAAACCUGGAACAACUCCGCCAGGGACCGAGAAAACAUCUGGAGACCCGACUUGAACAUGAAGAAGGUGCAAAGAGCUGAAGUGGAGCAGAACCCUGCUGCUCAUAACUUCCCUCCUCCACCAGCAGAGGGCAGAGUGUCCUGUUCAGGUGCAGCGGGUGUCUGUACGUCCUCGACGGCUCCGCUUGGUGAAGAUCAGAAACCUGUGAUUCUACCCAUCAAGAAGGAACCUCCUGCGUACCCUCCAGGAAGUCAAGAGGAGCACUGGCAGCUUCAGAUUGUGGCCAAAGGGAGAGUGACGUGUCCGAAAUGUAAAAGUGUGAGCAGGAAGACGGUGGAAGGGUUGAAGAAGCACAUGGAGAACUGCAGACUGCAACCCUUCACCUGUCAGCACUGUGGGAAACAACUGAAGUCCUCCACAGGGAUGAAGUAUCACAUCAUGGCUGACCACAGCCACUUGCCAUCAACAGACGACGCCAAGGACCUCAGCGAUCGCACCAUCAAAGACAAACUACGUAAAAUCCUGAAGAGACUCGGCAAAUUGAAAUGCUCGAAAGAGGGCUGCAGCGCUGCCUUCACCAGCAUCAUGGGCUACGUGUAUCACAUGAAGAAGUGCGGGAAAGAGCAGUCGGAGUUGGAGAAGAUGCUUCUGAAUUGCUCUCACUGUGGGAAAACGUACAAAUCCAAGGCUGGACUGGAGUACCACCUGAAAUCAGAGCACGCUCCUACACCCCAGAAGGCUGAGGAGGAUGAGGACCUGAAGGCUCAGAGGGAGGCCAACCCAGAGAGGACGGCCAGCGGGAGAGUGCAGCGAGCCUCGGCCCAGGUGGCCAACUUCCACCUGGCUGAGAUCGCCAACAACGAUCUGCCCAAAGACUGGCCCAAGAGGAAGUUCCAGUCAGACCUGGUUCCUGAUGACAAAAAGCUGAAAUACACCCGCCCAGGUCUGCCCGCCUUCAGCCAAGAGGUGCUGAGGAAAUGGAAGAAUGAGGUGAAGCUGCAGAGGAAAGUCCAGUGUCCAAACCAGGGCUGUGGCUGCACCUACACCAGUGUGUCAGGGCUGAAAGCUCACCUGGGACUCUGCACAAAGGGCGAGUUUGAGGCUGGAAAAUACCGAUGUCUGAUCUGCAACAAGGAGUUCAACUCUGAAAGUGGAGUAAAAUACCACAUCAACUCAGUCCACUCACAGGACUGGUUUGUCACAAACAAGAAAGCCUCCAAGAAGUUUGAAAAGUUCCUCAAAAACCAGCCGAGGAAGACUCUCCCCAACGCAGACAAGCAGAUGGUUGAUCACCACCACCACCAUCAUGUGCACCGCCCACAGCAGCAGCACUAUCACCCCCACCACCAGCAGCAGCUCCUGCCCCCGCCCUUGCAGCACCCUCUGCAGCCCUUACACCACCUCCAGCACCAAGCCCAGUUCCUCCACCCGGAGCGACAGAACCUUCAACCACAACUUGACUCCCAGCUUCAGCAGCCCGUGCUCCACUACACCUCGCUGGAACCUCCUCCCGGGCCGAUCUGGAUGGACUUGGACUGCAAGGAGGCAGUACCUGGACCAGAACAGACCCAAAUCCACCUGCAGAUGGUUGACGUGGACAAGCCUGAAGGAAACGGUGAUGGAAUGGUGGAAGUUAAAAGGAGAUAUAAAGAAGAAGAAGGGUGGGAGGGUGGUGUGGCGGACGUGAAGCGGGGGGACUGCUUUGCGUUCAGCGGCAGUGGGAGCAGCAGCUCGUCGUGCGAAUCUGAGGUGGAGCAGAGACAUGUGGACCAGUGGAGCCUGAAGCGGCCCGGCGUCGUGGAGCCGCACUCCGAGGGGGGGAAACGACAGAGAAAUGCUUAA